GGUUGGGCCUCAUCGCCUGACACUGCAAAUCUUGCCCACUUUUGUUGUAUAGUCCCUCUCCCACCCCCUUCCUUCCCCAUCUCCCGCCCUGCUCCCAGAGCCCACCAUGAAUCCGCAGGCAGUUUCGGGAUAUGUUUGCCUUCUUUGCUUUUCCUUCAUGAGCACAGCAAAAGGGGAUUCGCAGCUGCUUUCUUUCCAGCCCAAGACCCUGUAUCAGUACCACUAUACCCUGGACAUCCAGCUGGACCAUGCACCCACACUGUCCCCGCAGGGAGCCUGGCUGCGGGCUGAGGCAUUGGUCCACCUGCACCAGCUAUGGAAGGACCAAGGCGGGGAAGAGCUGCUCCAGGUGCAGAUCCAUGACCUGAAAGCCCAGCACAAGCCAGAAGAGGAAAGGAGCCAGGGCAGUGCUGGAGUUUCCCCCGCAGAGAUUGCACUGAGCCAGGAAGCACAGGCAGAGCUCCAGCAGCCCGUGUUCAUCUCCUGGAACAGCGGGAAGGUCAAAGCCUUCUAUGGGAACGAGGCGGAAAGCAUCCUGAUCUCGAACCUGAAGCGAGGUGUUGUCAGUCUGCUCCAAAUCCAGCCCUACGCCGGCACCACAGUGGAGGAGGACAUCUCUGGGAGCUGCCAAGUCACAUACACCAUGUCCAACCAUUCCAUCCUGAAGACAAAACACCUUCUCAGCUGUGAAAAGCCCAAGUUUGGAUUCACCUCCGUAAACAAAAUUUUUAGAGUUGAGUGGCAGCCCACCAGCAGAAGCCAGUAUGUGGUGAAAGACAACCUCCUCCAGUCAGUGCUGACGGAAGAAAACCAUGUGCUGUCUCCAGCCCUGAGGUCCAGCACUGGCAUUAAAAUCAUUUCAAGGCAGGAGCUUCAGCUAGUGUCUCCUCCAGUGCCCAGCCCAGCAGAGGUGGCUGGAAAAAGCCUCAAGGAUGCACUGGCUGGCACAGAGGGACAGCACCAGCCCCUGGGCAUGGCCAGCCUGCCCUUCCGGAGAGUCUGCACCCGCUGCCCCUCGCUGAGAGCCUACCUGAAGGCUUUCAACAACCAGAGAGUAAAAAUGGACACCUCGAAGGCAGCAACCACAUGGCAGUUCCAGAGGUUCAUCCAGAUGCUGCGCAGUGCCAAGAAGAGAGAUGUUCUGCAGCUGCUGAGGAAAGCUCCUGAGGAGAUGCUCCCCUUCGUUGUGGAGGCAGCAGUGGCCGCACAGUCGGUGGCAUCCUUGGCAGCUAUUUCAGACUUUCUGGAUUUUGGCAAGGAGCCCAACUCCCUGCUGGAGAAGUUUCUUUAUGCAGCAGCUUUCUCUCCACGGCCUUCAGGAGACCUUCUCCGCCUGGUGUUAGAUAAGCUGGAUGGGAAGCAACUCGCCCCCGAGGUCUGGGAGACGGGAAUAGUUGCUGUGGGCUCUCUGGUUGGCAAGCUGUGCCAGCAGAAGCUGUGUGGGCUGCAGGAGGUGGAGCGUGGGGUGGAAACCAUCCUUGCGGGGCUGAGAGGUGCCGAGGAGGAGUCCGAGGUGGUCAUCUACCUACUCGCCCUGGGGAACGCUGUGGUCCCCGAAACAAUCCCCACUCUCCUGGACCAUGCUGAAGAGGGUCCCACUGCCAUUGCCACUGCAGCCAUCUCUGCCCUGCAACGAUUCCCUGCUCGGCACAUCUCCAGUAAGGUGAAACAAGUGAUGAGGAGGAUCUUCCAUGAGAAAAGGAAGAGCUAUGAAAAAGCGUGUCGCCUGGCCGCUGCAGAAAUCCUCCUAGAUAACGAGCCCUCACCCAUGGAUGUGAUUAACAUCCUGCUGGCCACCAGUGAGAUGGAGGUGGAGACAGCAACGUUUCUGCUGCUGAAGGUCCAGCACAGCCUACGUGCUGACCACCAUCCAGCAAGGAAGAUAAUGAAAGACAUCAUAAGAGACCCACGGAUAAAUAAUUACCACUUCUUCUCGAAAGCUGGCAUUUCGUCUUCUUUCUCAGGACCUCUGACAGUCACCAAGGACCUGUAUUCCACCUUCGGGCUGGACCUGCUGUUUUUGGAGGGUGGCUUUCUGAGGAAGAGCGUCUCUGACUUCUCCCUGCUCGGCGGUGGCCAGCGCCUUCGUGCAGCUCAGGUCACUAUUGAAGCUCAAGGGAUGGAGUCAAUGCUGGGAGAAAACAUCUCGGAAGGGGAAGAGGAGCCAGAGCUCACAGCUGGGAUGUCUGCCAUCUUCUUCGAUGUUCAGUUGCGGCCAGUCGUGUUCUUCCAAGGAUACACAGACUUAAUGGCCAAGGUCCUGUUAAACAGCGGAGAACCCACAAGUGUGGUCAAAGGGAAUCUCCUGCUGAUGGACCAUCACCAGAUCAUUCCUCUGCAGUCUGGCCUCCAAGUGGCCAUCAAACUCCAGGGCGGGCUGGGACUUGACAUUUCAGCUGACGUGGAUGUGAGCAUUUGGGAGCAGGAACUGAAAACCAGCAUCAGUUCAAGGGGAAGCCUCGCCAUUGAUUUCCAGGCAGAAUUAGAUGCCCCUUUCCUGCAAGCCACCCUGAGAAGCCAGAUGGAGGUGGAGACCUCAAUCCACUUUGACACCAUGCUGAGGUUUUCCAGCAGCCCAGUGCUCAUGUGCCUGCAGCUGAGACAGGAGCAGAUCCCAUACAGAGAAAUCUUCACAGUUUCUACAUCUGCUGGGAACCAGAACAGCACCACUCGAAAAGGCAGGAAGGGCACCAUGCCUGCGCAGGAAUUUGCCUUGCACCAGGCCAACUCCAAGGUCUGCAACCUCCUGCUGACUACAGAAGGAGAAUAGGGGUGUUGGAGCACUUUGGGACUGGAUAACUGCCUUGUCUCCUGCCACACACCCCAGCUGAGCCGUCAAGAGCACUGCUCACCUCCUCCAUAACCAUCUUUAACCAUAAUUUAAUAGGAAAAAUGCUGCAAUAAGGGCAUCGGAACAGACCACAAGAGGAACUGCUGUGGGACAGCCAGAGGCACCCCAUGCUUGAGCAUAGAGGAGCCAAUCCUUCUCUCUCCAUCCCAAAGGCUAAAAUUUCCCCUGCCUGAACUCUUCCCCGUCAUGGGAAGGCCUUUCUGGAAGCCAAACUGGUCUUUGUGGAAAACAGCCUUCUUUUGCAAAUGAAUUCUUUCCUCAGAGCCCAAGAAACCUUUCUGCAAGCCUGUGCCCCAAAAUGCCAUUUUUUCCUCCCUAUUUAUCAAAGCAGUCAGGAGAGAGCACAUCUGCAGCCAGCAGGGAGGAGGUUCCCCAUGGAAGGGGUGAAUGCCUCUCAUUUAAUGCCCACUUUUGUGGCUGCCAAAUUGUCCAGGACCAUGGAAAUAAAUAUUUCUGGAGGAGAUGUGAUGGUUUAAAAUAAUUUUUCAAAUGAAACCACAGAGAUAUUUACCUCUGAAUAAUUCUGUGGGAGGAAGACAGAGAAGCAAGACAAAAUGCUGCCUAACCUGUUGCCAAUUAUUGUAUGUUCUUUCUGGGUUAAUUGAAGGUGUUUGCAUUUAUUUGCAUAUGAAGGCAACUCAGCUCCCUUGCAGCUUGGUGCCAUUUUCUUAUUCCUAGGGGGGAAUUUGCACUCUGUUUCCAGGGAUAUGACUGGUUCCACAUGAGGCAGCAAGGGUGAGGCCAGGGAUGAAACCACUUGUAUUACAAUGGGGGUCAGAUUCAUACGCAGAGCCAAAAAAAAAAAGGAAUAAAGCAGAGGAAUGCAACCCACAGAGCUUUCCCAAAAAAAAACCCAGAAAAAUUUAGGCAAAGUCAAAACAACAAAGGGAUUGCAGCAAUUUGCAAGAGACCCUCCUAAAGAGCAUGGACCAGCAGUCUCAAUACUCAGCUUGAAACAGGGAGAAUUGUAUUGAGGAUGGAGCUUAAAAAUGUAGAAAAAAAUGCCCACUGGAUGCUGUGGGAAGCUGGAAGGAGAUGCGGGGAGACUCAAGCAGGGACUAGCUGAAGGAAGAAGGGAUGAAGACAUCGGUGUCUCCAAGGCAUUAAAGCAUCUCAUCACAGCUUUGCAUAUCCCUCUCAUGAUCGUAGAAUGGUUUGGGUUGGAAGGGACCUUAAAGAUCAUCCAGUUCCAACCCCCCUGCCAUGGGCAGGGACACUUCCUACCAGGUCAGGCUGCUCAAGGCCCCAUCCAACCUGGCCUUGAAAAUGCCGUCCAUGAUGCUGACACUCAGCAACUGCUUCCUGCUCCAGUGAAUUUUUCCACAUUUUUCCCUUUAAGACAGGCAGAGCUGCAAGAAUCAUCUGAGGUCAUAGAAAAUGCCUCGUAAAUUAGAAACCACAAGAGCACAAGCAUUUUAGUGUUUGCAAAGAGUGGAUUAAAAAAGUGUUUUGAGAUAAUAAGGACUCUGAGCAUGGGGCAAAGGCAUUGGAAAUAGAGGUAUUACUGCUCUAACAGGGGUGGCAUGCAGAGCUGCAUCUGAAGUCAGUAAUGUUCAUCCAGGGAACCAGACUAUUUCAAACCAUGGGCACAAGCUGCCAACGUGUUUGGAAGAGUCUUCAUCCCUUGGGUAUUAUUUUUUUAAUGAGUUACUGGUGAUUCAGUCCGUUUUAUGGGGCAAAUGCAGGUGCUGGUUGCCAUGGAG